GACGAACCACAAUCGCGCUCCCACAAGGCUGAACCUUUGGUCCAACUGCCAGCUCAUACGGCAUGCAUGCCCCGCAUCAUUGAAUGGAGUGACAACUCACUGAAGUUGAGCCUCAUCUUUUCGCGCGCCCACAAAGCGAGUUUAAAUAUGGGUGGGAGGGAAGCCGUAGUUGGAGGGAGUAUCGCUUCCGUUCCUUCUUCCAUUGAGCGGAAUUGAGUCAUGUCGGUCAGCGAUAAUACGACGCUUCCCGGGGCGAGGGACAAUGAGGGUUCAUAUCAGCAUCUAGAUGGUCAUGCUUAUGGGAAAGGGGACCUACCUGUGAACUCAUACGAUAAGUCGCCUUAUACCGAUAGCGAGAUCAUCUCGCUCGAUGUCGGACCAACCCAGACCCGUUACCGCCUCCACCGCGCCAUCCUCUCGCAGAGCCCCGAGCUCGAUGCGAAGCCGGCUUUGAAGCUGUGGGGCGAGAAGACGAACGACACGAUCUCGCUUCCAGAGCUCGACGAAACCACUGCACACACCCUCGUACACUACCUGUACACUGGGAGGUACCAGGCUCUACAGUCACAUGGGCCAGGCGAAAAGGGUGCAGUCCCCAAUUACAAGGAUGGCGCGUGCGUGUACUGCGCGGCCAUCCGCUACAAGCUGCCCGGAUUGGCGGAGCUAGCAAAGGAAAAGAUCACCUCGCUUGGCGAGGACCUGACUAUCCUGGAUAUUCUCCGUGUGUCGCGCGAACAUGCAUUCCCACUUCUACCGGAGGACGAAGCGUGGUUCCCGGCAUACCUCGAAGGCGCGAUCCACGGAGCGGUAACCGAAGACCCUGAGCUUUUCACGAGAGACGAGUUCGUAGAUCAGAUCGAAGGCGACCGCAAGUUCCGCCAGGUUGUCAUGAAGGCGAUCUUGAAAUCGCGGGCCCCAGCGGUGUCUAGUCCACCCUCGUCCGCCGUUCCCAUGUCGGUGACGGCGGCGGUGGAGGAGGAGGUGAAACUUCCCAUCCACGAUGAGGCAAAGGAGUCAGACAUAUCAGGAUCGGAGCCAAUGCCUUCUGUUCGAGAUGACCACCCACCAAAUCCAACUGUGUCAUCGGAAGAACCACCGCUCGUCAACGCAACCGUCCCCGCAGAGAGCGUGAAGCUAGAAGAGAUUGAGCCCACCACUGAACCCGUAGAAGCACCCGAACCGUUCACUGACGAGCUCGGAUUCGGCAACAGCAAGACGUACCAAAAGAUGGGAAAGAAGGCCGACAAUACAGUGCUAGAGAAUAGUGUGGUCGCAGAUGCUGCUACCAAGCCAUCGGCAUCUCCCUCCAACACCUUCGAUGUAGCUAUCAGGCCCGCCCAUACGCGAUCCGAUUCCGUCAUGCAAGUUGAGCAGACAGUUUCUGCUCCGGUCAAGGAGGAGAAUAUCAUUGCUUCCCCUAGUACUAUUACAGAAGGAGCGAAUGCUGCUGCUGCUUCCGCUAUCGCGGCCGAAGAAACAAAGACCGCCGCUUCUCCCGAGCCCGCCGAUAUCGAUCCGGUUAUUGUGGAUGGCACAUCUGGUAAUGUGGCGGCGUCGAAGAAGAGCAGGAAGAAGAAGAAGAAAAGCGCCAGUGCCGGUGCUGCUAGCUGAAUGAUGGAACCUUGACGAAAC